AUGGCAGAAGCGGAGAAAUCUAUGGGAUCUGAUAACGUCGAGGAUAUACUAACAAAAAUAGAAAACAAAUCUCUGAAGAUCGAGAGCUUAAUUAAACAGUAUAAACCCAUUGAAGCUAUUAAAACUGCGCUUGAGGGUUAUCCUCCUCAAGAUGAACGAUGCAAGUUUGCGAAUUGGAUAGUUGUGCGUAAAGCAUUAAUGGCUAUAAAAGAUGUUGAAGGAAUACUCCGUUCUUUAAAUCCCCAGUACUAUGAUAUUCUUAUGAAGUAUGUAUAUAGAGGAUUGUCGACUGGAGAUCGUACCACAUGUGAUCAAUGCCUUAAGAUCCAUGAAAAGCUGACAGAGAAAGCAGGUUUUGGAUGCAUACUUCGUUCCCUUGCAGACACUGUGAACACAGUUUGACUCUAAUCACCCAUUCUUCCCUUUGAAAAGAUAAUUAUUACAGAAAUGUUCAACAUUUUCUAUUUAUUGUUCCACAUGUAUGUGAACCACAAAUUUUGUCCAUCAUUGAAUGAUUAGAGGCAGAGAAUAUGAUUUAUCAUAAGUUAAUAAUUAAAUUAUUUGACUUUUCAGCUG